GGCGCGCGCCGCCCGCGGAGCUGGUGCACGCGCGGUUCGCGCACCUGCAGCUGGAGCUGGCGGCCGGCCCGCGCGCCGCGCGCCUCACGCUCGUCGUGCAGCAGAUGCAGUGGGACAACCAGCUGCUGGGCACCCCGAGCCCCGUGCUGCUGUACUGCCUGCCGGACCGCGCGGGCCCGGGCGCGCCGCCGCUGCCGGCGCUGCACGCCGCCGCCGAGCUGAUGCGCGCGCCGGCCCGGCGCUACAACGCCCACUUCUUCCGCCACCUCAUCGUCGCGCUGCGCCCCUUGGCCGUGCGCCUGGAGGAGAGGCUGAUCCUGAAGCUGUACGCGUGGGCGUGGCCGAGCGAGGAGGAGGGCGCCCCCGAGCAGCCCGACGAGGCGGAGUUCGAGGCGCGCCGCGUCCUCGACGAGCUGACCUCGCUCAACGCCACCCGCUGCUACUUCGCGCUCAUCAAGGUCAUUCCCAGCCAGAUCCGGCUUUCGAUGUGCACGGCGAACAAGCUGGAGAGCGACCUGGCGACGUUGAAGCGGCGCCUGGGGCUGACAUUGAUCCGUUUUGAAGACGCAGCCGUAGAGCUGGAGCCCUUCGUGCGAGCGCACCCCUUCGAGACGCCCGCCUGCCUCGCGCGACAGCUGCUCAAGCACUUCAAGGAAGAGCUUAAAUGGCAAGCGGCAAAAAUCCUGGGCUCCGUGGAUUUCCUGGGCAACCCUUUGGGCUUCGUGGCGGACGUGUCCGAGGGCGUGUCGGGGUUCUUGUUCGAGGGCAACGUGACCGCGCUGCUGAAGAACGUCACGCACGGCAUCUCCAACUCGGCGGCCAAGGUUUCAGAGACGCUGGGCGACGGGCUGGAGCGCGUGGUGACGGACGAGGCGCACGAGGAGACGCGCAGGCGCAUCCGGAGCGCGGCCACCGGCUCCCACAUCGCCGCCGGCUUCCGCGGGCUCGGCCUCGGCAUACUCGGCGGAAUGACGUCCCUCGUGAAGCACAGCUACGAGGGCGCGACGCAGGAGGGCGUGCCCGGCUUCCUGGCGGGUGUGGGCAAGGGUCUGGUGGGCACCGUCACCAAGCCCGUGAUCGGCGUGCUGGACCUGGCGGCCGAGACCGCCUCGGCGCUCCGGGACACCAGCCGCAGGUCCGACAAGUGGGUGCCGGCGCGCGUGCGGCCGCCGCGCUGCUGCUGCGGGCCGGGCGGGCUGCUGCCGCGCUUCUGCGCCGCGCAGGCCGCCGGCGCCGCGCUGCUGCACGCGCUCAACGGCAACGACUACUCCGAGCAGUUCCUCGCCUACCGCCUCAUCCGCGACACGCCGCACGACAUCCGCGCGCUGCUGUCGGCCACCUACCUGCGCAUCUUCACCUGCAAGAACCAGACGCCGCACGUGGUGAUGGAGACGCACCUCAGCAACCUGGUGUCGUGCGCGGCCGUGGCGGCCGACGGCGCGCACUUCGUGGAGCUGCGCGUGCGCGGCGGCGGCGCGGCCGAGGCGCUGCGGCGCCCGCGCGUGCAGUGCGACAGCGCCGAGCUGGCGGCCUGGGUGGCCAAGCACGCCGCCUACGCGCGCCAGCUGUACCGCGAGCGCGUGCACACGCUGCUGCCGCACUCCGACCUGUGACGCGGAGGGCGGUCCGUCGACGGAGAAGGACGUUCGCGAGGCUCGGGCCGCCGGAGCUGGACAUUUGUACAAUUCCUGACCAGUGGCGAAUUUCUGGUCACGUUUAGUGCUCCACCGCGGCCGACCGUAAAAAAUCGUUCUAAAAUGAGAAAUGAAAAAAAUGAGAGUCGUUUUGAAGUUCGAAAUGUGACUAAGUAUUCGGAAUACGAUUGGCCCUACUCGAUGUGACCGACGACGACGAGGUUGUGCGGGUACUUGUCGGGUUUGGGUUUAACUUAACCUAGGACUCGCGACAUAAAGCAAUCUAUAUGUGAUCGAUCGCUUUGAAACGUGGAUUACCGUAAACGUAAUGCAAAACGAGGAAUUCCAAAAAAACUAACACUUUUGGAAAACUAACAAAAUAAACUAAUAUAUCGUUUUUCAUAUCAAGUAGAAUUUUGCUGUAUUGGUGCCAACCAGACAAAUGGGACAUAUGACUGCUGGCACGAUUGAUUUUUUAAUUUUUUUUGCCAGUUUUCCAAAAAUGACUUGUGAAUUCCGUCUCUUUAUAUGACGAAUGGAAAAAAUCUUUUUCCACGCCAUUUUGCCGAAUUUUACAAACCAUUCCUUCUUUUGACAACACCAAUUGAUGUAGUUCUAAUAUUUGAGAGUCGAAUAGGAUCCCGACAGCCUCUACCAACUACUUUUUGAAAUUUCUAACACAUCGCAAGUGAAACAACCAAUGUACAUCGCUGAUAAGGUAUAGUAAGUAAUCACGUUUUCAGGAAACUGUGAUUAAUAUUUUGUGUAAGGACAGAGUAUAUUUUGUGUACGCGAACGAGUGAGAGGGGGCAUCGAACAAAUAUCUCGGGCUGUGAUAUAGCUCGAUCAUCAUGUAAAGGCUAUUUGGGUUUUUCGAUUUAAUUAUGCGCCUAUAAGAUCAAAGCCUAAUCUAAAAAUAUCGACAGGUUUAAAUGCUUAACAAUAAAACGGUCACCUGGCAAAUGACGAAUGCUUAUCCAUAAAGUAGAGGCAAAUUGCAAACCUAAUCUAAUCGAAUACUCGCUAGGAACAGAAAUAAUUGUUUUGUCAGAUUCCGCUUCGUUGCAUAGAACUUAGUUAACACUACAACAUUCAAACUUUUGAAUUAAUUGCGCAUAAUUGAUUUGGACACCGGGAAUGUACCAAUUAUGAUGAAAUGUGUAUGUAGAUAUAUGUGCAAUUUUAGUUUGUCGAUUGAUACUCGUUCUGUACGUAAUUGAACGUGUUUGCGCUCUUACCAAAAGUAUAGUUAACCGACCUUGUUUCAGGUGAAUUGUUGUGUUUUCCUUAGAGCUUAUUUAUUUAUUUAUUAUAUAAUAUGGAGGCCGUUGGUU